AUGUCGUCGCCUCAAGAUUCACCGUCACAGCCGACGACGACGACGACGGUAACGAUGACCGACGUCUUGUCCCCCCCGCCCAUGUCUAAUGUUCCUUCUCCCGACGCUCUCACCUCACAAACGCAUUCCCAAUUAGCCUCCAUCCUCGCCGAUGCCUGCAAAGAAGCAGAGCAUCUUCGUCGUGAGCUGUCGUCGACUCGAAAACGCGCUGAAAAGGCCGAACGACUCGUCGCCGCGCUGUCCGCCGUCUCAGGUCAAGGUUCAAACUCCCCGACCGCUAGUUCUUCGCCUAACGUGACACCAUCGGCGGCCGUCCACAACCCCGACGCGGCGCGAGCCCUCAUUCUUGAGUAUGAAGAGAGAGUCGCCAAAGCGGAGCAGGCGCGAGAUGAGGCAGAGGCUCGAAGAAGGAUGGUGGUGGAUAACUGGCAGCAACUGGAGCGAUAUCUCCAAGGUCUUGAGUUCCACGCCUCAGACGCCAGAGCGGGGUUCGCCCGGAUCGUAGCAGACGGUGGUGGGCCGUUGGUACUGGCGGAUCUCAACGCUCUACCUGCUGCUAGUCGCUCGCUAUUCUCAUCUUCGUCUACAAUGGGCCCUCCGUCUACCAAGGGCCCACACCGAAACAAUUCUACCGGCUCGACGGCAUCGACAAGCAAUCGUACUACCCAUUAUCCCUUAUCGUCACUACCUCUUCCUCCCCACCCUGCUCCAGGUAGCCGGGUCAGAAAUCGCGAUAGCAGUAUGGAUGAAGCUUCUCAGCCACCUCCGAAGAAACCUCGAAUUGUUUACGCUGAACCGUCCAAUUCCCCUCAUCUCUCGAACGCACAGUACGCCCAACAACAAUCUUAUGGCACGCCGACUCUUCACGCUAUUUCACGCAAAGACGAGAUGCAUGUCCAGUACGUAGAUCAGCACGGACAACCAAUUGCGCCAUCAAAUCAUGAAUACCCUUCUCCCUAUCCCCCUCCCCACACGAUCCAGUCUCAUCGCAGCAGCCGACACGCCACGCAACCAGUAUACCACCAUCCCCAGGCCCGCUUGAUCAACGAUAAAUAUGGCGCCUCACCGAACCUUCACCACCCUCGCUCACGUUCUCGCUCACGUUCUCACUCGCGCUCUUCUAGCGCGGAAUCGGAAAACAUCGACGAACUUCUCCUAGCUGCUACAGGCGACGAAAAUCAGCCGCAAUUCCCUCAUGGGAAUCCAAAUCAUCCUAACCCACCACAUCAGCAGCCACGCUCGAACGGUCAAGUUGUGAAUGGUAUCCACCAUCACGGACAUCACCCUGCGACCCAUAGUCCUAACGCGCCCCCAUAUCAGCCACAUCAUCCAUCUCGACCCUACAGCCCGUCCUCAAAAUGGAGGCAACCGCCCCCUCCCUCAAACGUCGCCAUGCCGUCUAGGCGGUAUUCACCACCACCUCAGCCUAUCCCUCCUUCAAUGGAGUACCGUGCUACCCGAUCGGGACGACAAUCGCAGGUGGAGCCAGGCCCUUUACCCCAACCAGGCCAGGUCCAAACGUAUCAGACGCACGUCUUCGCGCCGGUGGUGACGGGCGCUCCGGUGAAGAAGAGCAAGUUCGGCGCCAGUGGAAGUUCGGGCAAUCUAACAGCGAAUGGCUCCCAAAGCCAGGGCGACGUAAACGGCGUACAGUCGGCCCCUCCCCCACCUUCGUUUCCGCCGACGAAUGCUCAGGGUCAACGCAUAUGCAGACAGUGCGGGUUGCCUGGUCGGUACAAAGAGGGAAAGUGUGUGGAGAAAUGGGGACCAGGGCCUCAAGGCCCAGGCACCGUAUGCGAUAGAUGUCGCAAGAAGAUGAAACGGGUCGAACGGCGGGGGACACUGGAAGGGCAGCAAUUAGCCGCGCAGACUGCAAACGCCGUCGCUGCCGCGCAUAACGCAGCAUUCCAACAACAGACUGCCCCAGUCCGAACGAUCCAGGCCCCGCCGCGAACGGAUACAAUGCCUAUACAGCAGUACAAAGACGAUUCUAGCGCAAACCUGCGCUCUGCAAUUACGAACUCGCACCGAGGACGAGCCCCCCCAUCACCACCCAGCAUUGCGACCCUCCCAGAAGGCACGCUCUCGUCGCAUUCGCGUUCUAACUCAAGAAAUGGCAGUCGACGUCCCCCGAAAGCCGGCUCCUCCUCGCCUUUGGUAGGCGAAGGUGGCGCCAGAAAGGUCGGGAGGAUGUCGAAGAUGGACAUCGAUGGCGGGGAUCCAGAACCCGAUGCCGACGCCGAUGGGUCUGGUGACGGCGACGGUGAUGGACCAGAAGAAGACGGAGAUGCCCUAAGGGAGUUGGCUGAGAUCGCAGGCGUUGCCGAUGAUAUUGGCAGUAAAGAAGCUGAAGCGGGAGAAGAAGGAGUCGACGCAGAUGCCGAAGCGGAGGCAGAAGAUGCUGAAGCGGAUCUACUGGAGGCGGUUGACGCUGCUGAGGCUAACAGCAGCAACUCGAGUGCUGGUGGUUCUUGGAUGAAGUCAGAGAGUAUAUGA